AUUCAAAAAACAGCUGCAGUAGAAGAAUAAACACGAUAAUUAACAAAUAAUCCCAAAAAAAAAAAUGUCAGGUUUCCAGCAUUCGGUAAAAGUGCCCACACAAUACAAGAAGGUUGCAGCCGUAUUAAAAACUGCUUUAGAAAAUCGUCAAAAAUCUUUAAAAACUUUAAUUUAUGAAGAAAAACAUGCUCGCAUUGGUAGCAUGCAAGCAGUGUUAAAACAGUAUAUAGACAAUCGUGGAGCCAUAGACGCUGCUAUUGAACAGACAAAAAUCUUAGAAGACAAUCCCCGUUUAAAUCCGGCCUUGUGUAAAAUUCUAGUAACAGAAUUGAUAUUUGGACGCAAAACCUUAAACGGUGAAUCAAAGCCAGUACAAACUGUACGUGAAUAUAGAGAUCGCUUGGUAGAAGCUUUGGGCGGUGAAACAAAAACAACAGAAACAAAGAAAAAAGAUCUUAAACCUCGUUAUGUUCGAGUCAAUACAAAUUUGCUUAGCAUGGAAGAAGCUUACGCCAUGUUGGCCACGGAAGAGUUUCGCAAACUGGAACUACCACCUUUUGAGAAUUAUGAAGAUUUCUUGAAAGCCAUACAAGAUUUAAAAGAAGAGGAAUACAUGUUGGAUAUGCAUGUUGAUAAUUUGUUGAUUUUCCAUCCGAAAAAUAAACACUAUUUGGCUUGUCAUCAAUACACUAAAGAGAGAAAGUUUAUGUUGCAGGAUAAAGGCACUUGUUUGGUAGCCGAACUUCUACACCCACCAGUGGGUUCUACAGUUUUGGAUAUGUGUGCCGCACCCGGUAUGAAAACCAUACACACAUGUAAUGUUUUACAAAAUCAAGGCAUUAUCUAUUCUGUGGAACAAAGUCCUGAACGUUAUCGUAUCCUCUGCAAUAUGACCGAAUCAGCAGGCUGUAAAAUAGUACAACCGAUUAAGGGAGAUGCUCUUGCCAUAACACCAGAACAAUGUCCGGGAGUUGAGUAUAUACUAGUAGAUCCCUCUUGCACCGGUUCCGGUAUACAGAAUCGUCUCUCUUUAGAACCUGAAGAAAAAUCUCCUGAACGUCUUAAAAAAUUAGCCGGUUUACAAAUAAAAAUGGUUUCUUAUGCCAUGUCAACAUUUCCGGAUGUGAAACGCAUUGCCUAUUCGACCUGUUCGCUGUACGAAGAAGAAAACGAACAGGUUGUCCAGAAGUGUUUACAAUUAAAUCCUAAUUUCAAAUUGUUGAGUGGCAAAAAAGCUUUACGCAACAAAUGGCGCAGUGUUGGUAGUUCAGAAUAUAAGAAAAUUGGCAAAAAUUGUAUUUAUACUCGUCCGGAAGAGGAUCUUACCGAUGGUAUUUUCAUCGCUAUAUUUGAGAAAUGUAGCAGUGCAGGCGAUGAGUAAUAAUGUACGGAAAGUUUAUGAUAUUAUUUUUUUUAAGAUUUUGUUUUUGUAUGGAUAAUUUUAAACGAUUUUGUUGUUAAAUAAAAAAAAAAAUAAUCUAGUAGAUUAUUUUAUACAGAAAUUUCCCUCUUCAGUGGAAAAGAAAAAAAA